UCCUCUUCCGCCGCCCCAUUUUCUCCCUCAUACUGUUAAGGAGCUCCACAUGCGCGCGCGGCCAGGCAUCUUCCGGUCUCCGUGAGAUUCUGCUCCGCUUUCGGGAAAUAUCGCUCCGGUGAUCCGGGUCUUGUUCACACGGACAGCGGUAUUGAGUCGCUGCACUUUUAAACGCAAAACAACAUGGCAGAUCCGAUGACACAGUCCCAUCAGAUAUCGUCGUCCCAAGGGCUGAAUGAUGGACACGCCAAAGACUCGAAGUUUUCCGAUUCCUUUUUUUCCUCUUCGCCUGUAUCUCUCAUUCAGUCUCCUCAAGACAAACGGGUGGCACUGGACUCUGAGAAGCCAUCAGAAGGCGUGCCUACCUCACUUCGCUUUUCCUCCCAGCCAAGUUCGUUUUCUCCUGCGGCUUAUGGAAAUGAUGCCUCCGUUCCCUCGAUUGGAAUCAAGGAUCGUAGUUUCCAAGAGAAAAGGGAGCUUUUUGAAUCAUCGCUUGGAUCGCAAAAACCAGACUCGUCCCCUAUAAAAAUAUCUCCUGUGUCUGAGCGAAUCAAAGCUUUGGAAGCUCUGGCUGCGAAACAGAAUGAUUCUGAUUGGAGCGAUGCAGGGUUUCCUCAUUUCAGAGAACGUCACUAUGAAAAAUCUCAUUCUGAGAUACAUGGCGUCACUCUUCGUUCAUCCAUUAAGAAAAAACCCACAUCAAGUGAACAAGAUUCUCCAGAAUCUCCUUUUGAGAUUCUUGGUGAUUCCAGGCGUGGAAGUGACUUUGAGGAUACCGCUGACUGGAUGAGGGCUCAUUUGCCACCAGCGCCUAACUUCAACAUUGGGGAAACUGACUUUGAUGAAAUGAAAGAGGCUUCCAUCACAUCCAAAUGUCCAUCUGAUGAGACAAAGAGCAAAGAUGCAGAUGUACAAGGAAUUCCUUCAUCUUUUGUAGGCGUACCUGAUGAGUUCAUGGACAACCCUGAUGAGGGGUCUAAACAAAUGAAUGAUGAUUCUAAUCAGUCAAAGCAAGACACGACCGAGGACGAGUCAGAAUUCGAUCUCAGAUUUUUACCUACAGCCUACAUGUGGGACAAACCAGAGAAAUCCGACAUGGAUACACAAGACCCAACGUUUCUUUCUGAAACUCAAGACUCGGAGAUUGCACCUCCUGAUGAUUUUGAGGCUUCUUCCUUGGAGACACCAACUCCUGUUCCCCAGGCUGACUCGACUGCAAAACAGUCUGCCGCUCUAGGUGUUGGCUCGGAGGGUGGAGAGAUAAUUGAAGUGGACAGCUCUGGUGAAUCUGAUGAUACAGUUAUUGAAGAUGCAAGUGGUGUCAAUGAUGCCGUGGAGUGUGGACUUUCUACAGACAAGCAGGCUAUUCCAAAUGAGCAAGAGAAACAAUAUAUUCAGGUGCCCAUUAUUAAUGUAAUUGAAACAGAGGAACAGGUUCUCAGUGACUAUGAAGUUGAUCAUGAAGAAGAGGAAGAUGAUGAGCAGCGAUAUCAGAUAAAGCAAGAACCUACAACAGGGGCUCCGCAACCAUCGGAGGAGCCCUCUGACAUUUCAAGAUCAGAAUUUGAAGAGGCUGCUCCAAACAUGGAUGACCUUUCCUCACAGGAAAAUAUGGCAGAUUCUGAUGGAGAGUAUUCUCCGAAACACAAGCUAGUUAAAGAUAUUAGUAAUGACCUGAACCAGACAUCUCUUCCCUCCAAGAGUCAUAGCUUGGAGGACUCUUGCACACAAUCAACCGUGCCACAGAAUACAGAUGAAACUUCUAGAGAAUCUUCCAACAACAAUGCCAAACCAGACAAACCUGCAGAAAUUGUACCUGACCUCCCACCUAAUUACGAGGAUCUCACAAAUGAUUUUGAGUCCAGUGACAUAGAUACAUACUUGGAUCAUUAUGCUAGUGAGGAACUGGCUUUAAAAGAUCAGUUACAUUCUGAUGUGUUUACUGUAAAUAACGGAGAGACGAACGACUUACUAAACUCUAACUCUCAACACAGUCAAAAUGAUACCAUGCUUGCCCAGCAGUCAUAUGAGGAAACGAUUGAUGACUUUGAGACUGUUGACGAAAGUAAGCAAAAUUAUGAUAUUGAACCUGAGCCUUUUCCUGCUAACAUUUCAGCAGAGGUCCCUCUGGAGCCUCUUCUUUCUCAAAAUAACAUGCCAAAUCUUGAAUUAGAUGAUCAGGGUGUAGAUAUUGAAGACAAGAUGAUAACCAAUUCGGAGAAUUUUUCUUUGAUUGAGGAGGAAGAUUACAUGGCUAGACAUGAAGUAGAGUUGCCCUCUUUCCAAGAGAGCACACCUGCACAAUUUCCUUCUUUUCAUAGUGAUCCAUUGGGCAAGGUCAGUGACGUGAUCUCUGAUUUUGUGGCCAGUGAUGUAACUGAGGGAUUAUCGAUGACCAAUACUGAACAAGAUGAAAUAAUCCAGUAUGAUGAUCCACAUACACUGGUAUCUCCAGAAGCUACAAGCAAACCAGAGCCCACUGAAGUAGAAUCCAAACAAAACGAAAUGGUCCAAAGUGGUGUUCCUGAUAUACAGAUAUCUGAAGAGCCCACAAACAUACUGGAGCCCAUUGACACAGAAUCUGAACAAGACGAAAUAAUCCAGUGCAAUGCUCCAGAUACACCGAGAUCCCCAGUAAUCCCAAGCAAACUUGAGUCCAUGGAGGCAGAAGCUUCUCCAACAGCUACAACCGAUAGUUUUGUGGAGUUCAUGAGGGAGUGUUUGAAAUCGCAGCAGGAUGAGGAGUCCCAGAGCCUUGGUCCAGUACAGACCACUAAGGAACCUAUUGCUCCUUCUCCCCCUGCUAUGCUCAUGGACUUGGAGCAAGAGUGCCUUACUAUCUGUGCUUUAAAAGAGCUUGGGAGUAGUCCUGAAGAACAGGAUGAGAUCAGCAUUCCUAAAGACAUUCCAGUCUCUGCAAAGGAUACACAAUCUUUAUUUCAGUCUGAGUCUUUAAUUUGCCCAAAUCCUUCUCACUAUUCUCCAAAUGAGAACCAGCCAGAUGCCUCGCUAACCAAAGAGAUAGAGGCAAUCGACAUCUGGGUGGCAGAAGCCUACCACCUCGCAGAGCAUGUCUUGGCACUAAUACUAACCCACCUGACAGUGUAUGACUUGGUCUACUGGCGGGACCCUAAAAAGUCAGGUGUGGUGUUUGGCAUUUCCCUGCUACUGCUGUUGUCUCUGGCAGCGUUCAGCGUGAUCAGCGUCAUCUCCUACCUGCUCCUGGCACUACUCUGCGUCACCAUCUCCUUCCGUGUCUACAAAUCCGUCAUCCAGGCUGUGCAGAAGUCCAACAACGGACACCCCUUCAAGGAACUGAUGGAGAAGGAUGUCAGCUUGCCUCCUGAGACCUUCCGCAAGCACGUGGACGCGAGUCUGACCUACAUCAACCGAGCACUCAAGCAGCUGAGCCGCCUCUUCCUGGUCGAAGACUUGGUCGAUUCCCUCAAGCUGGCCGUGGUCAUGUGGUUGCUGACGUAUGUGGGUGCCGUCUUCAAUGGCAUCACCAUCCUCAUUCUUGUGGACAUCCUUGCCUUUACUGUCCCACCACUGUAUGAGAAAUACAAGACCCAGAUCGAUCACUACAUUGAAGUUGUACGCACACAGGUUAAUACUGCAGUGGCCAAGAUUCAGGAGAAGCUUCCCAAGGCAGUGAAGCGCAGUAAAGCGGAAUGAUGCGCCUCUGAUCCCUUCAUGACCACCUCCAGAAUCCCUGCAUCUCUAGCUUCUACACCUCCCCAGUUUAACCUCUCUCCUCCUUAUAAACCUUUUACCAGCCAUGUGCACUGAACCAGCUAGUCUCUUUAAAAUCUCCUGAAGCUUCUCAAUAUCCUUCAAUGUUAACUCUGAAGCUUAAUUAUGAGCAUUAGGGAAGACGCUCGGUGAAGACGCUUACUGAAGCUGGUGACUCGAAUGCAGGAAAUGAUGUAAUUCCACAACUGAAUGUCCAUUUAUGGUACCCAACAUUGGGCAGGGGAUGUGAACUAGAUUGAAUCUGUGACCUGGUUUUGGAGUGUCCUAAGAGUUGGUGAAAUAAAGACAAGGGUUUGAUUUAAAACAAAUGUCUGUACUUAAAAAUAACACGAUGAAUGAAUUAAAAAAAGUUGGAUGAAGAAACUGGACAAAAGAAGCCAGGAGUGAUGUUUGUUCGCAUAGACCUCCACCCUAAAGAAACCUACUGAUGUAUUAUAAAUCUGUGACACACUGUUACUAGACUCGCGCACGCAGAUCGAUUGGGAUACGGACACUGCACCAGCUGGGAUGAUUCGCUCUAGUUCGCUUUCCUGUACCGUUUUUGGCGUUAAUUUUUAAUUGUGUAUGUAUAGUAAGAUUACAACAAGCUCUUUGCUGUGAAGUAGUUUGCAUUGCUUUUUAUAUUUAAUAUCAAAUAUCCUCUGGCAUUUGUUUAAGACUCAGGCUCUUGUUCACAUGUAAAUGUGUUAUGAUUAUGACUAUUAGGUCACAUGUAGGGUAACUGCUCUUGACUCCCCAGGCUGGCAUCUUAAUGAGUAGUAUUAAUAUUCUUAUGCUUGAGUUAUCUGUAUAGAAUCGUGGAGAUGACUGUGUGGCCUGUUACUGCUCUGAAGAGAAUGAGGAAGAAGUGCGAUUUGUGUUGGCAGCCCAUGUAAAAGGUGGUCUUUUUUUUUUUUUUUUUGGCUAAUCUGGGAUCAGCCUUCUAACAAACAUGGCCUCAGACCAGCGGGAAUGAAACUGUUUUGGUGGUUUUGAAUUGGUAUAUUAAAGGUUUUGUUAAUUUAA